GCUGAUUCUCUCAAGCUUUAACCGAUCAAGCCCAAUAAUGGACCAAGUAACGACUUUAGUUGACCCACUAAAAGUGUUUGUAAAGGAUUCUGUUCGUUUAGUCAAACGAUGCACUAAACCUGACCGAAAAGAAUUUCAAAAGAUUGCAUUUGCCACGGCUAUCGGUUUUGGAAUUAUGGGAUUUAUAGGCUUUUUCGUUAAGUUGAUCCACAUCCCCAUCAAUAACAUCAUCGUUGGAAGUUAAUCAACUGAAUCGUAUGUCGCCUAUAGCGAGAAAUGAAUGGAUUGUUUCUGUGCUUGCUGUAAACUUAACGUAUGGCUAAUAAAGCGUUAUUAACA